UCCAUGGCUUGGCCUCCCCCAGGCAGCAGCAGCUCCGGCUCCCGGGGAGGAGGGGCAGGGGCUGCUGCUCCAUGGGGAGGAAGGGCAGCCUGCGGCCCCCGCAGGCGGAGGGGGGAUGCGGGGCCGCCCGCCCCUCCCUCCUGUGGGCCCUGCCCGAGGAGCUGCUGCUGCUCAUCUGCUCCUACCUGGACGCGCAGGCCCUGGGCCGGCUGGGCCAGGUCUGCCGGCGGCUGCGCGCCUUCUCCGGCCGGGACCUGCUCUGGAGGCGCAUAGCCCGCGGCUGCCUCAACUCCGGCUUCACCCAGCUCGGCGCCGACCUAGCUGCUGGCAUUCCAGUGAAGGAAAGGGUGAAGGUCUCUCAGAACUGGAGGCACGGGCGCUGCCGGAGGGAAACUCUCCUGAAAUGGAAACGCAACUUGAUGCCCUGGAUGCAUUUGGAUGGCGACUAUCUCUACCUGUCCCAGGCAGAAGACAUCCGGGCCUACCGGUUUCGUCCAGACAGUGCUGGCCUACAGCAUCGUCCUCAAGCUGUCUUCUCCGGCCACCAGGAAGACGUGUGUCGGUUUGUUCUCGCCGGUUCCCACAUCGUCAGUGGAGGAGGCGAUGGAAAUAUCGUCCUCUCUAAAGUCCACGGCUCCUUCAGCAUAAAGUUCUCUGCGCACCAGCAGGAGGUGAACUGUGUGGAUUGUCAAGGGGGCAUCAUCGUGAGCGGCUCCCGGGACAGAACAGCAAAGGUUUGGUCCCUGUCCUUUGGCAGAGCUGGGCAUUGUUUACACACGGUGCAGACUGAGGACCGGGUCUGGUCCAUCGCCAUUAGUCCAUUAUUAAGUUCCUUUGUGACUGGGACAGCUUGCUGUGGACACACGUCUCCUCUGAGAAUCUGGGACUUAGAGAGUGGGCAGCUGGUGACCUGCUUAGGGACCGAUUUCCACCGAGGAGCUGGAGUCCUGGACAUCGUCUACGAAACGCCGUUCACCCUCCUGUCCUGCGGCUACGAUACCUACAUCCGGUCCUGGGACCUGCGCGUGAGCACGAGAGCUUCUCGCUGUCCUCUCCCACCAGCAGCCCCGUGUACUGCCUCCGCUUCAACACCACCCACCUUUAUGCUGCCCUGGCGUCUGCCCUGCACGCCCUUGACUUCACCGCCCCCUGAUGCCCACGCCAAGGUCCUUCCCGCACCACAGCUGCCUCUGGCCGUUCCCAAUUUGGCCGAUCUGAUGCUCAGCUCAGGGAUUGCAGGGCGGGAGAAAGGCAAAUGGCCAUGGAGACUUCUCAAGGAAUUCCUUAGCGGCCAGAAAGCAUCUCGCUUGAGUGCUGGAAGAGCCAGAUUGUCUCCGACUCACCUGCCUUUUAGUUUAAAUAAAGGCAAAUUGUCCUUUACGCCUGUUUAUUUUGUACAGUUCAGGUUGGUUUGGUUUUCAGUGUGUGCGACGGUAACGGGUCGGCUGGGAGAGCCGUGCAGACGUUCCCGUCAGCUGGGCAGCGCUGCUCCCAGGCAUCUGAGCAGUGCAGAGCCAAUCUAGGACUGUGUGCGCAGUGCAUUUCAUUUGGGAGAAGGGGCAGAGACUUGAACAGCCAGGCACAGCCAAUUUUGCACCUGCCCCUGCUGUCCUGACUGCUUUUUGUUACGGCUUCCAAAACAGCGAACGGGAAGCGAUCUGGGAGCUGAAACCUUGGCAGGCUCUGGCUGAAUCCUACCAAAGCUUGGCUCUGCCAGUCAGCUAUUGGGGACUGGAGUGCACGGUCGGUUGGGUUGGGGCAGUCUGUUUGCUAAAUAAAAUGCCAAAGGGAAA